UUAAGGCCGAGUCCCUGAAUUCCAACUUUGUCUUCGAUCAGGCAGCCGCGUCGCGACCCUGCUCCGUAACACUGGCCGACGUCGGUCCCGAUGCACGGAGCGCUGCGACGACGCUGUAAAAUCCGCUCUGUUGAGCGCUCAUCCGAGAGUUCACAGCAAAUUUUCAAGCCUGAAGGAGCUGUGUACGAGAGUGGGAGACCUUUGGAGCAUGUGGAUUGCCGUGUCUGUUCGGCACAGACGCUUUCUCAGCAGGUCGUGGAAGGGCGCGUAUCGUCGGAAUCAGGAUUGCGAGUGCUGGUGGAGGCAAUGAGCUUGGUUCCGUGUGCGAGAGAUUUCUUCUUCUUCUUCUUCUACUUCCUCCUGGGUUCUCAGAGAGGUGUGUUGAUGCGAUGAAGCAACCGUUGCUGUAGCAGCGUGGUGCAAUUGUGAGUGCUUUGGAUCGAGUGCUUGUUGCUGGUGUGUAAGCAAUCAGUUUUUCGGUCACGUCUAGGACUUUGACCUUUCAUUGGGCAAGAUAUAGUAGGCCCGGCCGUCCUUAAGGACAAGUCCAACUCAGUUCCUAGUCUUAAAAGACGAAGGGGGAGUGGUGUGAGUGUUUCGAAGCAGUUGCAUUGGUGGCUCUCCUUCAUGCCCCAAUAAAGUCCUUACCUACAAAUUUCGCCACUACCACGACCAUUCGCAGAAUUCUGCCACGAAUUAUUCUUAAGCGGGUAGUGUCAUAAGUCGGACUUAUAUUGGGCUCAACUAGAGCUUGGUCGUUUCUAGAUAAAUUCAUUAGGAUCAGGAAAUUUCGUUAAAUUUUCGAAUUCGUUUAAGAAGUCGUUUGGAUUUCGUGUUGAUUUUCCGACAUCGCACCUGGAAAUUGGUCUUGGUUGACCGCGUAGCUAGUCAUUAUCUAGUGUGAGACAUUAGGCGGAAUUAAAUCGUAUUUUGAAUCGCUUACUUGCCGAUCAUGCUUCUGGACGCGAAGUAGGGAGAAGUCAUUUAGGGCCUCAGUUACUGUUCGUGUGAAUAUUUUAUGUAAGUGCAGGGGUUUUAAGAUAGAGGUCGAAUUUCGAUCAACAGCGCUUGAUCAGUUUCAGUUUUCUCAGCUUUACCGUGCUGCAAGCUUCGUAGUAAUUGGGAUCAUCGCUAAAAGAUUCAUUAACUUACUAAAAGAUAAUGGUAAUGGAUCUGAUUUUCAAUAGCACAAGGGUUUGAUUAGCUAAGUUUCGCCCCUGGCUACACCAUCGAAGGAUCAAUACUACUGCCCAUCUGUUUUUUUUUUUUGGAGCACGCCAACUUGAAGAUACUCGAUCGGAUAUAGAAAGGGCAUACAGACAAUUGGAGCAGUGCGCUGCUGGAUUUGCCAGGAGUUGCGAAUCCUCUCGACAGCACUUCAUACGCAGCUUUACUGUAAACAUAAAUUAUUGAUCCAAGCUCGAUUGCACGGUAUCGUUGUCCGUGGUGGUUAAUUCUUCUGAAGCGGGUUCACCAUAAGCGGAGCUACGAUUGCAAGAGUUUUCGCGGUAGAGAGAUUGGCAUGUUUUGCGCCACCGACUAAUUCUCAGGCGUCCCCUGGAGGUUCCUCACCAUGGAUUCAGGAAGAGGAGCAGGGAGGAGCAGCAUGGAUAGUCUCAAAAGAACUGGGAGGACGUUGUUUUUCCUGAUAAACAUGGUGGGGUCACUGAUUGUGCCAUCAGGCCCCAUUCUCGUUUCCAUCUUAGACAUUGGCAUCGUUCUCUCCACUUUCACCUGCUGCUCUUCUUGUUUCACAUUCCGAGCAGACUUGGCAACUUGCGGUUGUAGGGGUUCUCUUGUGGACAUCCCGCUUCUGUCCUUGGGCCGCUCUGUUGCUGCUCUAUGCGCCCAUGCUCUUUGCGGUGUUCCGAGUCUCUGCCAUGCUCCUUACUUGUGUAUCACUAUCAUAUCCGGGAUUUGUACUACCGUGCUUCUAUCAGUCAAGGCUUGUAUGUACGAGAAUUUCUAUGUCUCCACCGGAACUCCAACGCUGGCGGUCGAAAGAAGAUACAAAAUGGGCCUGCCGUUGCUUCUGGUCGCAUCAGCCGUGUUCGCAAUUGUGCACAUUUUUGUAGCUUAUAAGACAAGGUGUCAGGCUCGUCGCAAGCUGUAUUUGAGGAAAAUAGAUCUGGAUGGGGUUUCGAGCAGCAAGAUUUCAAUGAAUGGAUACCAGCGUGUUUCUCGAGCAUUUUCACCAAAAUUUCUCAGGAGAAACGAUUUGGAGAGUAAUUUGAUAACCAAUCUUCAACAGGAGGAAAAUGAUUUGCCGGCUCAUCUGCUUGCAGAUUAUGAUAGUUUGUUUAUGGAUGUGAGGGGGGUUCUCGUGCAUUACAAAUUAAUUGAGGGUAGUUUGCUCAAUAAAAUUCCCUUGAGAAAUAGUUAUGAGAGCCUCGAAGUGUUUCCACACCCACACAGCUCAUCUUCCAAAGAUUCAUCUGGUUUUUCGACAACGUGGAACCCACUUGCCCGGCCGUCUAUCAUCGAGACUUCGCCUACGUCUGUUGAUACACCGAUUUCGAGGGAUGGUGCAGGCGAUUAUAACUUCUUGACUUGUGUAUCCUCAUCUUGGGGAAAUAUUCCACCAGCUCCUCAUGAAUGGCCUGCAAGCCUGCACCAAACUCGCAACGGAUCAGAGAUUAUGCCCUCGGUCCCAUCGAAUACUGAAAGUAGCGAGUUUAAUGGAAAAACUUCUGCGGUUAUUUUCAUUCAUGGUUUUGGCGGUGGGGUAUUUUCAUGGAGGCAUGUCAUGGGCACCAUAGCCAGGGAAGUUGGUUGUAGGGUUGUUGCCUUCGAUCGACCUGGGUGGGGACUCACAAUUCGGCCUCGAAGAACUGAGUGGGAACCGAAAGGACUGCCAAACCCUUACGAACUGCAGACACAGGUGGGUUUGCUCUUUGCCUUUUGCAAGCAGUUGGGGCUGACCUCAGUUGUUCUAGUCGGUCAUUCUGAUGGAGGACUGCUUGCGCUCAUGGCCGCUGCCCAGGCUUUGAAGUCGAGAGAUUCUAUACAGGUUGAAGUGAAAGGAUUGGUCCUGGUGUGUGUUAGUCUUGCAAGAGAGGUUGUUCCAUCAUUUGCUCGAGUAUUGUUGCACACAACUCUUGGGCGUCACAUGCUGAGGUUGCUUCUGCGCUCAGAAAUUGCGCAGGUUACUACUCGUCGUGCCUGGCAUGAUUCUUCGAAGCUCACCUCAGAGACUUUGGAUCUUUACAAGGCGCCGUUGCACGUCGAAAACUGGGACAAGGCCUUGUCCGAGGUUAGCAAGGCUACUAUGGGGUUGUCUACCUCAAGUGCGGCUGAGUUAUUGCGAUGUAUGGCGGAUUUGCCUGCCUUGGUUGUGGCGGGGAUUCAAGAUAACCUGGUGCCCAUAAAAUCUGCCCAAUCUUUGACUUCUCAGCUUCCAAGCUCGAGGCUACUGGCAAUACCAAAUUGUGGACAUCUACCGCAUGAAGAAUGCCCGGAUGCCUUGCUUUCAGCGUUGAUCCCGUUUGCAUCUAGGCAACUUGGCAACCAAGCAGUUUUUUUCAAAACCAAGAUCCAUGCUGACAUUUCCCGAUCCGUUCAGUGAUGAGACAAACUUGUUGACGGACACUUUUAGGUAGGAGUAAGCUCCUUGGUUUCAUAGGUGAAGCGGCAAUUCGAUGGGCCUCUUUCCAAUGAUGCCAAGCCCAGACCCUGACGAUGAUUCGACGGGGUGGGAUUUUAACUACCUCUAUUCCAUUGCGUCUUUCAUAUUUAGUGAAGAGUGAGAGGCUACAAUGUUGCUCCAUCCUUCCCACCAAUUCCUGGCCAUCCUCAACAGUCAGAGGGAAGUGCUUCCAUGUCUAACUGUCAUGGAGCAUACCAUCUUGUAUUAUCAGUAUAAUAGUAGCAGCAGCCAAUGAUGGUGUGUGAGUGUAGUAGUAGCAGCAGCCACUGCAGACGACCCGCAAUCUUCCUGUACCCUGUUCUUGAUCAAAAAGUAAAUGCACAACAGUGCAGCGGAUCUAAUUUUCAAUGAA